AUCGGCACGUCAAUUUACUACUAGCACUCUAUCAGUAGUGUUCAGCUGCUCCCGAGCUAGCGAGCGAAGCACUGUCGGCACAGUAACCCCCCCCUGUGCGCGUCGCGUGCCGAGUGCCGCAGAGCACGAGAAGCUAGGCCGCACAGCAAGCUUGACAUCAUGGCAGCUGCUGCCACUCGUUCAUUGCACUCCUUCCUCGCGCUUCUUCUCCUGUUGGCAGCUGCGGCCGCGGCUGCGGCGCUGUCGUACGAAACCAAGUCCAUAGAUCCUGGACUCGUCGUGAUGACGCUGCCGGAGCCGGUGUCCGGGCCGGAGAGUCUCGCCUUCGACGGGCGUGGCGGCGGGCCCUACUCCGGCGUCUCCGACGGCCGCGUCCUCCGGUGGCAAGGUCCCCUCCGGGGAUGGACCGAGUUCGCCUACAACUCCAAGCACAGGAGCGUGGCGUUGUGCGCGCCGGACAAGAAGCUGGUAGUGCCGGAGAGCCUGUGCGGGCGCCCGCUGGGCCUGCAGUUCCACCGGCAGUCCGGCGACCUUUACGUCGCCGACGCCUACCUGGGGCUGCUCAGGGUUGCCGCGCGCGGCGGGCUGGCGCAGGUCGUGGCGACGGAGGCCGCCGGGGGGCCGUUCAACUUCCUCAACGGGCUCGACGUCGACCAGCGGACCGGCGACGUCUACUUCACCGAUAGCAGCGCCACGUACAGGAGGAGCGACUACCUGCUGGUGGUGGCCAUGGGCGACGAGACGGGCCGCCUGCUGCGCUACGAGCGGCGGACCGGGCGCGUGGGCGUGCUCCAGGCGGGCCUGUCGUACCCGAACGGCGUGGCGGUGAGCGCGGACGGCACGCACGUGGUGGUGGCGCACACGGCGCUUUGCGAGCUGCGGAGGUACUGGAUCCGCGGCGCCCGGGCGGGCACGUCCGACACCUUCGCCGAGCUGCCGGGGUACCCGGACAACCUGCGCGCCGACGGCCGCGGCGGGUACUGGGUAGCGCUGAGCAGCGGCGUCGCGGCUGAUGAGGCGGCCGCCGCGCCCACGGUCGCCGUCAGGGUCUCCCGCGACGGCAACGUGACGGAGGCGCUUGACGGGUUCAGCUUCGUGUCCGUCAGCGAGGUGGCCCAGCGCGGCGGCGCGCUCUGGGUCGGCUCCGUGGACACGCCGUACGCCGGCCAGCUCAAGCGGCGUGCCAGCUAGUGCCGUGCCGUUUUGUCAUCCAUUGAUAUCAUAUAUGCAGUUGUGUUGCGUGUGCAUGCACCGUGAACAACAUUUGACUGUACGUACCCCAAUGUCGUCGUCGUCGUCGUCUCGUAGCUAGUGUUCGUCGCAAUUGUGGAUGUGGACUCCGUUCGUGGAAUGGUUAGUGGUUGUUUGGUCUCUGGUGAUC